CGGAAAGCGACAAGGGGAGCCGCUGUGGCGGAAGGGCGAAGAGUACGAAGGCCCAUGACAACGGGCGGGGCGCCUAAAUCGGGCGGUCUCGCACUCUGCAUGAGACCACGAGCCGUUCUUUCUCUUUAGACGAGAGGGAGGGAGGGAGCUGACGGAGCAAAGUCCGCGCACCCAGAGAAAUGAUGCGAGGCCAAGUUGAGAGAGAGAGCUCGAGGCUCAGCGGGGGGAGAGAGGUCUCGAGCUCGGCAGCAGCUGCUCUAUCUUUUCUCUUUUGCGAGGUCGAUUUGAUCGUACGAGGACAACUUUUGGGGUGCUUUUUCUCGAGCUCGAGCAGAUCCUGACGCCGCUUUUCAAGUCGUGUAUCCGGUCCGGAAUCUUCAAUCUCGAGCCUCCUCCGUCUCACAUGGCGCAGGCUAGCCGCUACGGGUAGCCGUCUCACAAUGGCUCGGAUUGAAGACGCUCUCUUGCUUGGAGAUCGCACGCAAGCAUCGAGUUCGCGACUUUCGGGACAGGCCUCCGAAAAAGGGUUUGCAAAUUGUGUCGUAAUGUUGGGAGGAAAGGGUGGACGGAAAUGAUGGCAGAGAGAGCGGUGCCGAAAUGGGCGAUCGAGAAACGAUUGGAAUCUCGGUACUCCUCUCGUUUGCAUGCGAACCAAACCUUGUCACGGAAUAUUCAAGUGUCGGAACAUAAAGGCACUUACGCAGUACACAGAGAUGAUGGUGCAGUGCAGAAAAGCGUAAAGAAGUGGGAAAGGAAUGCCCAGAAAGGAAACCCGUCCAGCCGUCCGCCACGGCUCACCCAUCGACCGAACGUGCAGCCAUCAUUUCAGAUAGAGCAUCAACACCACUAGCACUCGAACAUCUCGUUCACUGUACUGGAUAACAUCAAGUAUUUUUGGCAAUUCUCAAGCGAUAUGUCUGUCGUUGCUGCAGUAAGAUGUCUGUGGCAACAUGUCAUCCCCAAGCUGUUCAAGGGUUCAGAAAUCUGCACAUACUUAACGUACAUCAUCAUCAAGUCUGAAUUGUGUCGGUACAAUAGGAAAACACCACCUCAUUUUAGUCAAUUGAAAAUCGGAACUACUCAAGAAAUUGACAUCCUACUUUUCGUUCAAAACAUCAUGAAGAUCUAGUUCACUUGAUGAAAAUUCCUUGCGCC